AUGGGGCCAGAUUGGAAGUCCCGUCUGACUGCGGAGUUGGGGGGCAGGACCCUCUGGCCCCCCAGGGACCCCGCCCCGGGGGACGGGCUGCGGGAAGUGCCCGGUGGGGCAGGGGAGGCUCCGGGGCCGGACCCGGGACGGUGGAAGCUGGGGCAGCGUCUUGCCCUGGGGACAGUCGGCGCCGAGAGAGGAGGGUCCCCAGAGUCCUGCCCGGCUUCGGGGGGAGCAGGUCCAGGCAGCUCCCAGGGCAAGAAACCCAAAAAGAAACACAGGAAAGAAAAGGGACCAAGAACCCCGGCCCCCAGGGCGCCCCAGCCCCCCAGCCCCACGCAGCCCCCCACCGCCCCGGCGCCACUGCCAGGCCUGGGCUCUGACGAGGAGGAGCAGGAGGACCCCAGGGACUAUUGCAAAGGCGGGUAUUACCCGGUGGCGAUCGGGGACCUGUUCAACGGGCGCCACCACGUGGUCCGAAAACUCGGCUGGGGCCAUUUCUCCACCGUCUGGCUCUGCUGGGACAUCCAGCGGAAGAGGUUCGUGGCGCUGAAGGUGGUGAAAAGCGCGAGGCAUUACACGGAGACAGCCAUGGACGAGAUCAAACUUCUCAAAUGUGUGCGGGACUCUGACCCCAGCGACCCCAAGAGAGAGAACAUCGUCCAGCUCCUCGACGACUUCAAGAUCUCGGGCAUCAACGGUGUCCAUGUCUGCAUGGUGAUGGAGGUGCUGGGCCACCAGCUCUUGAAGUGGAUCAUUAAAUCCAACUACCAGGGCCUGCCCCUGCCCUGCGUGAAGAGCAUCCUGCGCCAGGUGCUGCAGGGCCUGGAUUACCUCCACACCAAGUGCAAGAUCAUCCACACGGACGUCAAGCCGGAGAACGUGCUGCUCUGGGUGAGCGAGGGGGACGUGCGGCGCCUGGCGGCCGAGGCCACCCGCUGGCAGCAGCUGGAGGGGCCGCCCCCCCCCGCCUCCGCCGUGAGCUCGGCCCCCCCAGGGGAUGGAGCUCUCCAGGAACCGGCGCAAGAAGCUCAAGCGGAAGCAGAGACGCCAGGGCCGGCUGCUGGCCGAGCGGCUGCGGGACCUGCAGCAGCUGGAGGAGCUGGAGACGGGGGCGCCCCCCCCCAGGGCCCCCCCCUGCCUGGGACCGACUCCGACACAGAGGAGGAGUGGCCCCUCCCCGGGCAGGGCAGCCUGGCCAGCAGCCCCCAGAGCCAGACCUCGUCCUCCGGCUUCCAGGCCCUGCCGCCCUACGACGCUUGGAACGGCCACGUGGGGGCCCCCCCCCGCCGCCGGCCCCCCAGCCCCGACUCGGCCACGUCCGGCUUCUCCAGCUCCCUCUUCUCCACGGCCUCCGGCUCGGGCCAGUCCGGCAGCUCGGGCCAGCGGGGACGCGGGGGGCUGCUGGCGCCCAGCGCUCCAUUCAGCGCCUCCGAGUUCCUGGUGAACCCCCUGGACCCCCAAAACGCCGACCGGAUCCGAGUGAAGAUCGCAGAUCUGGGCAACGCCUGCUGGGUGCACAAGCAUUUCACCGAGGACAUUCAGACCCGGCAGUACCGGGCCCCAGAGGUUCUGAUCGGCGCCAGCUACAGCACCCCGGCCGACAUCUGGAGCACGGCCUGCAUGGCCUUCGAGCUGGCGACCGGCGACUACCUCUUCGAGCCCCACUCGGGGGACGAUUACAGCAGGGACGAAGAUCACAUCGCCCACAUGGUGGAGCUGCUUGGUGAGAUCCCUCCCCACUUUGCGCUGUCGGGGCGCUACUCGCGGGAAUACUUCACCCGCCGAGGCGACCUGCGGCACAUCCCCAGCCUGAGGCCCUGGGCGCUGGGCGCGGUGCUGCUGGAGAAAUACGAGUGGCCCCGGGAGCAGGCGGCCGCGUUCACCCGCUUCCUGCUGCCCAUGCUGGACUUCCUGCCCGAGCGGCGCCCCACGGCCGCCCAGUGCCUGCAGGGCCCCUGGCCGAGCCCCUAGGGACCCCGGCGUCCGGCCGCGCCCCUGCGGACCCCGGCGUCCGGCCGCCCAGUGCCUGCA